AUGGUAGACCUCAGCAUUCUAGACAAAAUAGAUGUCGAGAGUCCAAAGCCUGUUCGCAUUUGCCCUGUAGAGCUGCUGGAGAUGCUCCAAGGUUCCUUGAAGAGAAAGUUGGUGGUAAAUCUGUCACCAGCCAACAACAAGAGAUCGAAUGGUAUUGCUGAUAGCACCUUCCUUGAUGUUAAGAGGAUCCGAGUGGGGGACAAUAAUCUUUCUAUGGGACAUGGACACUGUGGUAACAAUUGCCAGAAUCAGUCAGUGUUAGGAUCCUUGGCAGUUGGCCAGUGCUCGCAAAGGAAAGUCAGCAGCCCAACCAACAGCGCCCACUCGAAUGCGAACGGGAUGUUCAACAUGGGGCUGAAGGAGGUAAAGAAAGAGCCAGGAGAAACCCUUUCCUGCAGUAAACACCUGGAAGGUCAGGCAUCCCAGGUGUUUUCUAACAGGUAUGGCGAAGACACAGGAGAGCAGUUGAUGGACCCAGAACUUCAGGAGCUUUUCAAUGAACUGACAAAUAUUUCAGUGCCACCCAUGAGCGAUCUUGAACUAGAAAACAUGAUAAAUGCCACCAUCAAGCAAGACGAGCCGUUUAACAUUGAUCUUGGGCAACAGAUCCAAAGAGCACCCCCAGUGAGAUCUUCUUCUCUGCAGAUGGAUAAAAUGGUGGUUAAGCAAGAGUAUUCAGCAGCUGUGAACCAAUCUUCUGUGGGAUCACCCCAGAUGAGGCCUUCUUCUACAGGUCCAGCUUUCACGAUGUCUGGUGCUGCCAUGCCCGCCUCAUCACCAAUUCCUUCGGUGCCUCACACUCAGACUCCCCCAUCUCAAGUGUCUUCGGCUUCCAACCGACCGUUGGCCAACUGGCAAGAGGUCUCUCAUGCUCAGCAAUUGAAGCAAAUAGCAGCCAACCGGCAGCAACAUGCCUUGAUACAGCAAUGCCAGCAGAACCAGUCCUCAUCCACCUGGCCUGCUUUGUCGUCCACAGAACCUUCCGCUGGAUCGUUUGUGCAAGAGAAAAUCUCCAGCCCUUCUUUCCAUCAGCAGCAGUUCAGUCCACAGAACUCUGGAAUGUCGGGAGUCCCUGUAAAUGGGACUCCAUCCAAAGGGAUGAGUAAUUACAUCUACCGGCCAAACUCCAUGUCCCAGGGAAACUCUGCAAACACCAUCAUGCAACGAAAGCCUCAGGACCUCAGCAGAAGCUAUCUGAGCAACAGCCAGAUGCCCCUGGAGGAACAUCAGAACAACAUCAAGCCUUUGUUUCAUUUCAGCUCAGACCAAGCCAGCCAGCAGAUGCCUUCUGUCUUGAGCUCCCAAAGCAAACCUUCUCUUCUGCACUAUGCUUCGCAGCAGGCCUCACAACCGCCCAGCUCUGUAGCUGUGCAGCAACCGAGCCAGCCGCCGCCACAGCCGCCGCAAACGACACAGCAGCAGCCGCCGCAGCCGCCAUCUGCCCAGCCUCCCCAAAGCCAGCCUCUCCAAAGGCCACCAAACAUCUCCCUGGCUUUACAGCAAAAGAUCAUGCUUCAGAAAAUGCUGCAAAAUCAACCUGGUUCAGGACUGCAGUAUCCCGUUCCACCACCGCAUCAACUGGAUCAACAUUCUGUCAUAGGCCAUAGUGCAGGCCCCAGUCCUGGUUCCGGCACUUGCACAAAUUCAAACGCUGGAAGCGGUUACAUGAACUCACCCCAGCAAGCUUUGCUGAAUCAACAACUCAAACAUCAGCUCCUUCUACAGCAGCAGCAGCAGCAGCAGCAGCUCCUAACAGAAACAGAUAAAAUGUCUACUUCGGAUCAACUGAACAGACACCUCACAAGACCACCGCCAGAUUACAAAGACCAAAGAAGGAACCAGGUCAACAUGCAGCAAACACACCAGUAUUCAGGUGGACCACCUGCUGUGACUAUCAGCCCCAGUCUGUGCUUUUCCAAUCCCAUCUCAACACCCAGCAUCUCGCCACAGUCUUCAAACCUAUUGCCCACAGCUCACGGAACCAGGAUACCUUCCCUUCCAGCAGCCCGCCACUUGGGCUGCUAUGGGAACAUCCCCUGCAGUCAGCCAAGCUCAUACAGCGUGGCGACUUCAGGGGUGAGCCAGGUAACGCAGCACAGAAGCCCAAACCAAAUGCUAGCCAGUCAAAACAGCGUGGCAGCAACCCGGCAAGUGCCACCCACCGGGCAAGCCAAUAACUUGUCCGCAUUUGACGGUGGGCCAGGGAUCAGCACCCAGCCAGGGAAAGUCAGUUUGAACCAGGGGACCUCAGCGCAAAGACCUAUGGUCACCUCCAGUGCCGCACCCCAAAGCUGGGUCCCGCAAGAAACUGGAGCCAAGCCACAGGAAACGCGGAAGGCGGUGGGGUCCCCUUUCCCCACUGGAAGCCCCUAUGCCAACCAGCCGAUGCAGCGUGCCGCUGCCCAUCAGCCAUUCCCCCAGCGUGCCAUGGUGCCCCCUAACCAGUUGUCCAGCGUCCAGAUGAGAGCGCCUGCCAGCCAAAUGAACCCAACGCUGAACGGCCACGUGGCUGGAGCACCGAAGCCCCAGAAUGCCAGGCCUAACCAGGUACGGGCACCAGCCGUGCCGCACACAAACCCACCUGGGGUGGGCGUGACACCACCGCACCCUUUAUCAUCUAACCAUUUCCCGUCCAGUAGCAACCAGGCAUCUGGCAGGCCUUACCAAGGGACUGACCACACGAGUGAGCUCGCCUUUGACUUUUUGAGCCAGCAAGGAGAUAAUAUUGGCCCGGCGCUCAACAGUGAUCCGGACUUCAUUGAUUCUCUGUUGAAAACGGAGCCCGGUAAUGACGACUGGAUGAAAGACAUCAACCUUGAUGAAAUCUUAAAUGGCCAUUCCUGAGAGCAGAAGAGUUGCUGGUUAUUAUAAACCUACGGAGGUUUUUUGCUUGCUUGUUCUUUAAGGCCCGAAUGCCAAGAUUUCACUCUGCACCCAUGUAAAGCAGGAAGAGCAGAUCUAGGCUGAGUUCCGUGUAGAGGAGAUGCAAAGAAAUCAAGCGGACUUCAGUUUGUCAUGCCUAAUUUAAUACCACUUGAUUUUCAAUGGUUUUUCUCCAGGCAGGACUCAGUCCAGACCUGACCCAAGAGGUUGGAGGGUCUCUUAGUGGUUUACAGUGAGAAACAAAUUCCAAGACUGCUGUGUUCAACUGAGGACAAGAAACUGCAUUGUCGACCCUAAAUGUGCGGGCUUAAUACUCAGUAAAGCUGAGCAGGAGAAGCCCAUUGUAACAUAAUAUACCCACCGUUCUACAAGUAGCUGUGUGGGGGGGGGGGUGUAUGUAUGCCCAGGCACACCAGAUGUUUUAGCCUAUAACCGCCAUCAGCCCUAGCCAGCACAGCCAAGAACAGAGGUGGGAAUUGUAGGCCAAAGCAUCUGGAAGGCCACAUAUUGUCCAUUCAUGGACUAUACAAAGACAGUUCUGGAAGAGUGAAACAGGGAGAAAAGAACCCAAUGUAAACAUCCAACUUGAACAUAUUUAGACCCUCUCAGGAGCAAACCCCCAGGUGUCUGGGACGAGCUGCAGCUAAUUGAUGGCGUGCAGGCUUCCACAUAGAAGAGCCCAGGUUCAGUGCUUUGGUCUGGAACCCUGGAGAACCACUGGUGCUAUCCAAUAUGCAUUCUACAGAAGAUGCUGCGCUAGGUAGACCCUUGUCCCGCUAAGCAUCUUCUUCUUAGACCAUCCAAACUUCAGUGCCUCCCUCCUGGGUAGCUGUUUAUUAAGUGGUUCUGCUCCAAGCCCAGCCUCUUCCCAACCCUUCUCCCUAUAGGAGAAUUAAUCCUGAGCACCCAACUCAUGGAGAACUAGAGCUCUGUGCCCUAAGAUUUGUCUUAAUGCCAAUAAAAUGCAUCAUAGUCCAUCCCACUGCACUGUUGCCUUUAGAAACAUAGAAACAGAGCGAGUCAGAAGGGGUCUCCUGCGCCAUCCAGUCUGACCCCCGGCUCCAGCCGGCUCCGCUCACGACAUGCCCACCAUGUGCAUGUCCAGCCUGUCCGUGAACACCCGCACCGAUGGGGCCUCAACCACCUCCCAUGGAAGCCCAUUCCACACCCUCGGGGUCCUGACUGUCAGGAAGUGCUUUCCAGGGCAGACACCUCCUAAGCCCUAGGCCCAAUGCGUAAUGUUUUCCUGUCCCCCCAUUUCCACUUCCCUUUGCCCAGCUGGUCAGCACUCACUAAUGGAACUGGGCUUUUUGAGUAAGUGGGUUGCUUCAAGGGUUCCUUGUGCCUCGUGCAGGUUGCAUCAGGGAAUUCUGGUGUGUUGUGUUACAUAAACACCCAUACGGAAAUGACAUUCCUGGCCUUAUACUGGCAGAGGGGUGUGGUAGGGCAGAGCCAUGAGGCUGGGUCAUUAAACCUCCCCCAUAAUAUUCAAACGAUAUAGAGUAAUAGAUGCAUGCCACAUAGCAACCUUCAUUUCUUUCACCUCCCUUCUUUUAGCAUACACUAAUUCGGGAAUCCUGACACUUUACUAACAUGGAGCGUGCGCGAACCAAAGUGUAAAUCCAUCCUCUUGGUGCACAGCACGAUGCUCACUGAUAUCCCAAUAAAGACUGCUGAGAUUCCAGAAGGGGGUGGGGUGGUUAGCUUUAGCAGUGAGCCCUGCCCAAGUGCUGGGGUCCAGUAGCCAUUUUAUCCAGCAGCCAGAGGACCAACUCUGUCACUCAGAGCACUGGAACUCUGGAAGGCCACCUCUUCCACCUCCUUUGUGUCCAUGAGCACCCACUGAAGAACUCCAUUGUCUCUGCUCCCCUUGGAAGAGCUGGCUUUCUGUCUGCUUUGCUUCAUGUCCUGCUGCCUGUUCUUGCUGAAUCAAACGCCUUCCUCUCCAUUGGAUAGACCUCCCUUGUUACAAAAAGGGCUGUCCUUAGGAGACAAGGUCCUUUCAAUACGCAUACACAGCAUAGGUCCUAACCUUCAGAGAACAUGUCAGUUAACAUAGACAGGUUAUGAGGGAUGGUAUUUGCCCGGCACUGUCCCUGCUGGGGCCCCAGUAGCUUCCAGAGUGCUGGUACUGGCCCAGCGGGCUGUACAUUCUGGUGAUUCCUGAGUUGUGCAAGAGCCAUGGCCUUCUGUAUCUUCUGUCCAUUUUGGAGUGUGAUAUGCAAAGGGACAAAAAAAGGCACACAGUGUUGUUCAUAAGGAAAAUCCCAAAAUCUAUAUAGUGUACUACAUUUAUUAGGCCAGCUCACAAAUUCUCUCCCUCCCACAAACUGUGUAACCUGUCACAAUAUCCAUGUUUCUCCAUCAGGAAGAUGUUACAAAACAUCCUGCUUGAGAUCUUCAAAAGCACGCACAUUUUUUGUGAUAUUUGAAUAGGCCUAAAAAGUAACAUUAAAUUAUAUGGAUAUGCCAGAAGACUCACUAAUUGCGCCUUUGUAACCAAAACAUGGGAAAGUUGGUGAGCAGGGGUGGGUGGGGGGUUAAAAAAAACCAUACAUCUUUCAUAGCUUAUAUAUAUAGAUAUAUCUUACCAUUACAGUUAAAUGCACUACCCUUGUAUUUUGCAUUAUUGAGUCAGGAGCUCUUCUCAAUAUUGGGUUGUAAAUAUAUAAAAAAGGUUUUUGUAAACUUUUGUACAAAGCAAAAUGUAAUAUUUUGGUAGGAAUACUGAAAACCAUAUUAUUUGGGUUAUAUUUAUACACAUGUGAAAUAAAAAUGUACUGUCCAAACUUUGUAUUUUAUACAGCAACAGAAGAAAAGAAACCUUUUGUAUCUUAAUAUACAAUGUUGUUCUUGGGGGUUGUUUGGUAUGUUUAAUUUUCAUCCUGAGAUCUAAGCAAUGGCUUAUACUGGGGAGGCACAAGACUCCCAAAUAAAAAGA